AUGCUCCUUGCUAGCGCUCUCUCGCCAUGGACGCUGCUUCUUCUCCCGGUUCUUUAUUACCUGCUCCCCUACCUCCGAAAUUGGAGUCUGUUUAAAAUUCCUGGGCCAUUGCCGGCUGCUCUUUCCAACCUUUGGCUUCUGUACCAAUGUCGGCGAGGACGGAGAUAUCGUGCUGUCGACGAUGCCCACAAGAAGUACGGCAAGGUUGUUCGUAUCCAGCCAAAUCAUGUCUCGAUCGCAGAUGACCACGCUAUUGACACCAUAUAUGGACAUGGCAAUGGCUUUUUGAAGAGUGAAUACUAUGAUGCCUUCGUUUCCAUCCACCGAGGCCUCUUCAACACCCGUGACCGAGCUGAACACACCCGCAAGCGCAAGGUUGUUUCGCACACCUUCUCCGCCAAAUCCAUCGGGCAAUUCGAGCAAUACAUCCAUGCCAACCUCGACCUUUUUGUUAUGAAAUGGACCAAAGUGGCUAAGACCAGGCAGAGUCCCUCGACAGGCUACGCUUCCAUCGAUGCUCUCCACUGGUUCAACUAUUUGGCCUUCGAUAUCAUCGGCGACCUCGCUUUCGGCCAGCCAUUCGGCAUGCUCGAACGCGAAAGGGACUUUGCUGAGAUUCGCAAAUCUCCAGAUGCACCACCUACGACGGCACCAGCCAUUGAAGUCCUGAACCGCCGCGGGGAAGUCUCGGGCACACUGGGUUGCCUCCCACAACUGAAGCCCUGGGCCAAGUAUCUCCCAGAUCCAUUCUUCAGCCAAGGUGUUCAAGCGGUAGAACAACUCGCAGGUAUCGCCAUUGCGCGUGUGAAGCAACGGCUCGAGAAUCCUGUGGACCGUGUCGACCUGCUUGCCCGCCUGAUGGAGGGGAAAGAUGCCAAGGGCGAGAAACUCGGGCGCGAGGAGCUUACCGCCGAAGCAUUAACCCAGCUGAUUGCCGGUAGCGACACAACUUCCAACACGGCGUGCGCCAUCUUGUACUACGUCGUGCGCACACCCGGUGUGCUUGAAAAACUGCAGAAAGAGCUUGACGCCGCCAUCGCUCCCGGUGUGCCCAACUACGAACAGGUCAGAGACUUGCCGUACGUGCAGGCCGUGCUCAACGAGACGAUGCGGAUCCAUAGCACGAGCUCGUUGGGCCUGCCUCGCGUCGUUCCCCUCCCGACUCCUGAGCACCCGGCCGUCAACGGCGUCGAUAUUCUCGGCUAUCACUUCCCUCCCGGCACCGUGCUCAGCGUACCCAGCUACACGAUUCAUCACUCUAAAGAAAUAUGGGGCCCUGAUGCUGACGACUUUGUCCCCGAACGAUGGGAUGAGACGCGGCUGACGUCCCGCCAGAAGGAUGCCUUCAUCCCUUUCUCUGUCGGCCCUAGAGCAUGUGUGGGACGUAACGUGGCAGAGAUGGAGUUGAAGUGCAUGAUCGGCGCGGUGUUCCGAAACUUCGAGUUUAGAGACGAACAUGUCGGCGAGAUGAAGACGAGAGAAGGGUUUCUCAGGAAACCACUGGGCUACAAUGUCGGAAUUCGACUGCGCACGGCCUGA